AGGGAGCCGUGUGUCAUGCUCGUGUCGUGCGUGAAAACCAGUGAGUCUCGCCGUGACGUGACCCCACUGGCUGUGUUCACUAUAGUGCUGGUGGAGCGGCGGCCUCGACACAGCAGCGGGGUUAAGGCCCCGUGGAAACCAACAAGCAGGAAGGAGAGAGCGCCCCGCCUGUCUGCACCUUCGUCAGCCCCGUCAGGUAGUGCAGACAGCCGCUGCGACGCCAAGGUCAGGAAGAGUGUAAAGGGAAGCCGUAUGGGAGGAGAGACUUCGCCCUUCGCUAUGGACAACAGGGACCCUAACAACCUCAACCCGCACAUCCAGAUACUAUGGGACGACAUCAUAGGCGAACCCGAGGGCCUGCGAACCCCGGAAGGCUGCUGGAACUGCUCUCAAUCCUGCUACAAUAAAACCAGGCGGUGUUGUUACGUGUUCCUGGUGGUGCUGCUUGCUCCCUUCGUGGCCUUCUGCAACGGCUGUCAGUUCGCUUGCCUCGCCUUCAACCAAGUGUGGUGCGUGGGGCCGUGUCUGCGGUGCGUGAAGAUCAACUACGCCACGGUCAAGAAGUUCUGGGAAGCCUGUCUGUACGCCAUCUGCUCCCCGCUGGCAGAGGUGUGCGGGAUGUACUUCUCUAAGAUACACGUGCGGUACCAGAGAGUCCCGGACGGCAACGUGGUGGAUUCUUCCGGCUAUUUCAACGUGUGAGCUGGCAGUGGUGGUGGUGGUUGGUAGUAGUGGUGGUGGUGUGGUAGGUGAGUGUUCAGAGCUAAAAGUACUAAUUG